AUGAGCCCGCUGGGAAGGGGAAUGCCCGCGCUCGUGUCGAGCCCGGCGCUGAUGGCGGCGCUGCUCGCGUUCACGUACACGACCGGCAAGCUCGACUGGACGCGCGUCGUCGGCUCCGGAGGCAUGCCGUCGUCGCACACGUCGCUCGUCGUCGGCCUCGCGACCGCGGUCGGGCUGAAAGAAUCGUUGGACUCGUCGCUCUUCGCGCUGUGCCUCGUCUUUUCGCUCGUCGUCAUGUACGACGCCACGGGCGUGCGCCUGCACGCGGGACGGCAGGCCGAGGUCCUGAACGAGAUGAUCAUGAACCUCCCGGCGAACCAUCCGGUCGCGGACGCGCGGCCGCUGCGGGAUUCGCUCGGGCACACGCCCGUGCAGGUGGGCGUCGGGGCCGUCGUGGGACUGCUCGUGGGGUACCUGCACUACUCGAGUUGGGUGACGCAGUGGGGGGAUAACUGA